AUGGCCAGCAGUCACACUCCCACCAUCAAUGGCGACAUCAACGGAAAGGCCGGCAAACACGCUGCCGCUGUCUCGAUCACAGCAGUGGACAGGGUAACUCUCACGAUUAAUCAUCUCACGAUCAACGGCCUGCUCUCGCAGCAGCAGGAGCAGCAGGAGCACGGAUCCGUCGCCAGCUUCCGCAACAUCAAGUUCGCCGAGAUUCCAGGCCGCUGGCACGAGGCAAGGCUGCUAGACGUGCAAUCUCAAAAGGGCUUAUGGGACGCGACCAACUGGGGGCCGCGGCCGCUCCAGACUGUCGACACGAUGCCCGCAAUGACGGGCCAUUUGUGUCCCCGGCUGUCGGUUUAUAAUGCCAUGUCCGAAUUCGAAUGCCUGAACCUCAACGUCUACACCCCAGUCACUGCAUUGCAAGACGCUGCGAGGAACGACCCGGAGUUGCUGCCGGUCAUUGUCUGGAUUCACGGGGGUUCCUUUGAAUGGGGCGACGGGAGCUGCGAAUGCGACGGGCAGUAUCUCGUGAACCGCUCGAUACAGACGUCCCGGCCCGUGCUGAUGGUCAGCAUCAACUACCGACUGGGGAUGCUGGGCUUCUUUACGUCCAAGGAACUGCGUCAGGAAGCCCGCGAUCGUGGUGAGGCCGGGUGCAGCAAUCUCGGGCUUCACGACCAGAGGCUGGCACUCCAAUGGGUCCACAACAACAUCCAUUUCUUUGGCGGCGAUGCGUCGCGUAUCCUGCUGGCUGGGGAGUCGGCCAGGGCAAUCUCCGUCCUCGCCCACCUCAGGGGCAAAGUACCCAUGGCAACAUCUGCGCUGCUCAUGUCCCCUGCCAUGAUAGGCCCGAAGCCCUUUGCCGAAUCCCAGCGUACAUUUUACAAGGUGUGCGGGACCCUGGGCGUCGCAGGACAGGAGAUGUCGGCCAGCGAGAAGCUGGCGGCGCUGCGGCGUCUCUCCUAUGAGGCCGUUGGAGUUGGGAGCCAGCGCUUCGCCCAAUCCCUCGUUGCGUACGUCGGCGAUGCCUUGUUCAGCAAGGCCGUCCGCUCCAUUGCCGAGACGCACUUGAGCUUUCGAAAUGCCAGCCAGAGCGCACAGCCUCAGGUCCAUCUCUAUCGCUUCGAUCAGCCCGACCUCGUGGCCGAGGGCGAGCCGCAUCGAGGCCGUGCCUACCACUCCCUCGACAACAGCUUCCUCUUCUAUUUCCCUGCCGUGGCGGGAGACAAAGCCCCAGAGCAAAUGCGUACCACGGCGGACGAAUUCAGCGGCGCGGCGCUUCGUCUGGCCCACGGGGAUGAGCUGUGGGAGCCUCUCGGCAAAGAGAGCACCAACAAAUUCGCCAUCUUUUCAGGCGACGGGAUGCAGGUGGUUCCUCAGACUCCACCAAUUUGGGCGCGUCUUGUAGAUACUCCUGAAAGGCUGGAGCAGCUUUUGUUGGGUAAGGAGCUCUUGUGGAAGACGGCGACAAUUGCCACAGGCAAGUCUGGUCAGGGCAUGUGUGAUUUGACUGUGGUCCAUUAUGAGGAAACGUCCCAAGGUUUGACUCUUGUUAGCUUGGCUCGGAGCGGUGACCAGCUGUCCUAUAGCUGCACUUACAGAGCCCCAACGCGCAACACGCCGUGUUUGGAAGUCAGUGUCAGAAUAGUAAAGCAAUACGCCAGAAUUCAGGUUUUCUUUCUGUCUGAGGAGGAUCAAAUUACCAACGUAAUUGCUACUUCUGUUGGUGCUGGGCGGUUCAGCUACACUAAAGACUAG